UGUAACCAGUUUACAAAAUACCAUAACUUUAUUUCAACAGUUGUCAAAUUAAUUAUUUAGGAUAGAUUCUUUUGCAAGGCUAGGGGGCUAGCCAAACUAUCCAAGUUCACUAAGUAGAUAAUUACUUACUAUCGCUAUCAGUAUGGAAAGGUGUCCUUGAUUUCUUAGUGACAAUUAUAUAGUGUCUUACAAUAUGGUUUUAUUUAUUUCAGUUCUAAACACUAUAUAGUGGAGUGGUUGAGAAUGAAAACUCUCAUAUAAGCUUGUUAAUCAAGCAGAUUACGUUAUCACAUGAUUAAUGUCAAUAAAUUUAUUUAAAAUGAGUAGGUCUUUGUUUGAAGAAUGUCACUUCAUUGGAAAACGAAGAUCCAGAUUUUCUUAUUUGUGUCAGUAGUUACUUUUUGUGGUAAAAGUUACUCAUUUAGUUUUUUUUUUUUUGAUAAAAAAAAAAGUAUAUGUCUACUGUUGCUACUAAACAUUCAUUUACCGAAUUAAGAUAUCUCAUUCCAUGUAAAAAGUAUAUAUUAAUAUAUCUAUGUCUACUGUUGCUACUAAACAUUUACAUUUCAAAUCUCAUUGUCUUUUGAUCAAGUGUUUCACAGCAUGAUAUUUAAAAUAAACUAUGUGUUUUAAUGCAUGGAUUUUGGGUGGUUGGUAUCUAACAGACAAGAUCAUUCUUACAAAUGUACUAUCCAUCUUUUAAGAUUGGACUGAUCUAAAUUCUCUGCUAACAAAAUUGAAUUCUUCCUUCAAUAUCGGCGGAAUAUGUAUGUAAAGAAGUUAGAAUCCAUGGAUCAUUCGCAUACGUAUAAGCAUGCAUACAUCAGAAAGUGGGAGACAGUUGUGACAUGUGGUUUCAUACGACAUUAUAUAUUGACCAAUUAAAACAUGACUCCUACUAACCUCCACCUUUUACUUUAAUUAUUGUUUUUAGUUUUCUUCAUUUUGAUUUUGUAUCUUACAAUGGUUUUGUUCCAAAUACAUAAGAUUAAGUUAGGCGUUAUAACUAGAGAUUUUCUUACGAAAUACUAUUGCUUAAUAUUUAGAAGACAGUAUUUCACUUGGGACCCCAGUAUUUUGAAUACUUUGAAUGAUGAGAGAACGUUAAAAUCAAAUUUUAUCUAACUGGUUAUCUUUGUCCAAGGAAAAUAGUGGCCAAGAUUUGUGAUCAAGUGUGUUUACAGUGUUGAAAUUGACAAAAUGUUCUUAAAAUUAUGCGUGCAACAUUCCAUGUUGUUCGCGAAAAAUGUUGUGCUAUCUUCGUUUGUGAACUGUGUUAUUUGUAAUGUUCUAUAUCCGUCACAUGCGAUACGUGAAGUGUGGUUUAUAUUGGUGUUUCUACCAUCCUUUACAAACAAGAUUCAAAAAAAAAACGUAGGAAUGUAUAGUGAACGAUGACAUACCACGAGUGUGAUUUUUUUUAAUGAACAUUGUUUUGAAGAUUAAAUAACCGCAAUGAUAUUUUUGUUUGUGCUUAUGUUCUUUGUUUUCUGUUAGCAAAAAGGGAAAAAAAUGUGAAUGUUGUGAAGAGUACAUAGGGGUGUGGUUAUACUCAUGACUCGAAAGUUCAAACGGCUAGCGACGGCCGUGGCACUCAUGAUAAUGAACAUUCACACAAAAUCAAUGAAAAAAACAAAACCAAGCAACCAAAUAUUAUAGAUUUCAACAAAUAAUAUAUGUUUUAGAAAAUGGUAAGUAGUAGGAACCAACAUCGUUGGUAAAAAAAAAACAUCGUUAGUAAUGAAAUGAGAAUCUCUAAAAUGAUUUUCAGUCGACAUUCUUUCAACUUUCAAAGAAAAAAAUCAUUUACCAAGAAACGUCCAUGGGAGUCAAGAAUAAAAUGGUCAACACUACAUACUCUCUCCCCUUUAAUGUCUUCCACACUGUCUACCUAGAAACAAAAAUAAAUUCCCACUAUACCCUCUUUACAUGUCCAAAAUCUGAACACAUCCCACGUAGACAAAAAGACACAAAUGGAAAAUCCCACUCACCAGUUUUAAUUUUGCAUCAAAAGAAAGGCUCAAGAGUCCUGUAAUUUGCAUGAGUAGCUGAACUCUGUAAACUGAACUCAUCUUUCUCAAACAGUACCUUCUUUUGUCAAUAAAGUUUGAUGUAUACAUAACUUAGCAUCUGUGGUAUAAUGUAUUUUAGAAAUAGUAUAAAAACAAGUAUAGAUUACGAAAAUCUAAAAAUGCAUUAAAUUAAUUAAGGUCCCAAAUAGUUUCAGUAGUAAAAAUAAAUAAAGUAAGAGACAAGAAAAGGUGAAAAACAUGUCCGAAAACCACUUAGAAGCGCGUGAACAAAACGCUCCAAUGAUGGGGAAGUGAGAGAGUGUAUGAGCCAAUGUAACGCUUGGGUUCUCGUACGACGUGGGGGCUCUGCUUUCACCUUGUUCCUUUUUUUUAAAAAACGUCCACUCCACGCGCGUGACUUUCUAUCAAUUGUCUGAACUAUCAAUUAGCAAAAAAGAGCGACCAGUGUGAGUGACAUUAGAAAGAAACCAUAGAGCAGUGAAUUUCUUUUGAUCACCGGAAACGUAACCGUCUUCCGGCGGAGUUUCCCGGUUAAGAAAAAAUGUCACACGUUUUUUACGAGGCAGCAACAUCUCCCGCUUAAACCCCCCUUUUUAAGACAGAAACAAGAAAACAAAACAUCACUUCUCUCAAAAAACCCACCUCGAAAGUUCCGAUCUUUUUCAAUGUCGACGACGAACGCUCCCACGCCACCUCCGAUCGACGGGUUAACAACCGACGAGCUAACAACGAAAGCUUUGAACAAAAGAUACGAAGGGUUGAUGACGGUGAGAACCAAAGCAGUGAAAGGCAAAGGCGCGUGGUACUGGACUCAUCUCGAGCCAAUCCUCGUGCGCAACACCGACACUAACCUCCCCAAAGCCGUGAAGCUCCGCUGCUCCUUAUGCGACGCCGUUUUCUCCGCCUCCAACCCUUCUCGCACAGCCUCAGAGCAUCUCAAACGCGGCACGUGUCCCAACUUCAACUCCUCCGUCAAUGUCAACGUCAACCCUUCUCCUUCCUCUUCCUCCUCCUCUCCUUCUCACCACCGGAAACGUAACUCCUCCGGCGCCGCCGUCCCUUCUCGUCUCAACCACGUGACGCCGAUAACCGUCGUGGAUCCUUCGAGAUUCUGCGUCGAGUACUCUGCUCCUCCUCCUCCGCCGCAUUUGAUGCUCUCCGGCGGAAAAGACGAUUUGGGUCCGUUGGCUAUGCUCGAAGACAGCGUGAAGAAGCUCAAGAGUCCCAAACCGUCUCACACGCAGUCUCUCACGAGGUCGGAGAUAGAGUCAGCUCUGAGCUCUCUCUCCGACUGGGUCUUCGAAUCUUGCGGGUCGGUUUCUCUCUCGGGUCUGGAGCAUCCGAAGUUUCGAGCUUUUCUAACCCAAGUCGGGUUACCGAUCAUCUCCAAGCGAGACUUCGCCAAGACGAGACUCGACGUGAAGUACGAGGAAGCUAAAUCAGAGUCCGAAUCAAGAAUCCGAGACGCCAUGUUCCUCCAGAUCGCGUCGGACGGGUGGAAGUCAGGAGAGGGACUAGUGAAUCUGGUCGUGAAUUUACCAAACGGGACGAGUCUGUACAGAAGAGCGGUUCCGGUGAACGGAGUUGUGCCGUCGAACUACGCGGAGGAGGUUUUGUUGGAGACUGUGAAGGGUAUUUGUGGAAAUUCGCCUCAGAGGUGUGUUGGGAUAGUUUCUGAUAAGUUUAAGACCAAAGCGCUGAGGAGCCUUGAGAGCCAGCAUCAGUGGAUGGUCAACCUGUCUUGUCAGUUCCAGGGGCUUAACAGUUUGAUCAAAGACUUCGUCAAAGAGCUGCCUUUAUUCAAAUCCGUCUCGCAAAACUGCGUGAGGCUCGCCGAGUUCGUUAACAACACGGCGCAGAUACGUAACGCUCAUUGUAAGUAUCAGUUGCAAGAACACGGCGAAGCGAUAAUGCUUCGGUUACCGUUGAGUUGUAGUAGUAGUGGUGGUAGUAGCAAGGCUUGUUUCUUGGAGCCGUUGUUUAAUCUGCUUGAGGAUGUGUUGAGUUCGGCAAGAGCGAUUCAGAUGGUAAUGCAUGAUGAUGCUUGUAAGGCGGUUUUAAUAGAGGAUCAUGGGGCUAGGGAGGUUAGAGAGAUGGUUGGAGACCAAGGGUUUUGGAACGAGGUGGAGGCGGUUCACGCUUUGAUCAAGCUAGUCAAAGAGAUGGCUCGGAGAAUAGAGGAAGAGAAGCUGCUUGUUGGGCAAUGCCUUCCUUUAUGGGAAGAGCUAAGAGCCAAGGUUAAAGAUUGGGACUCUAAGUUCAACGUAGGGGAAGGACUUGUCGAGAAACUCGUUGAGAGAAGAUUCAAGAAGAGUUAUCACCCAGCUUGGGCUGCUGCUUUCAUACUAGACCCUCUUUACUUGAUAAGAGAUAGCACCGGGAAGUAUCUUCCUCCGUUCAAAUGUUUGACACCAGAGCAAGAGAAAGAUGUGGAUAAGUUGAUAACAAGGCUUGUGUCUAGAGACGAGGCACACAUUGCGUUGAUGGAGCUUAUGAAAUGGAGAACCGAAGGGCUUGAUCCUAUGUAUGCAAGGGCGGUUCAGAUGAAAGAGCGUGACCCGGUCUCUGGUAAGAUGAGGAUAGCUAAUCCUCAAAGCAGUAGGCUUGUUUGGGAGACGUAUCUUAGCGAGUUCAGGUCACUAGGGAAAGUUGCUGUAAGGCUCAUUUUCCUCCAUGCAACUACUUGUGGGUUCAAAUGCAAUUCCUCUCUUUUGAAAUGGGUAAACUCGCAUGGACGGUCACAUGCGGCUAUAGAUAGAGCUCAGAAGCUUAUCUUUAUAUCGGCUAAUUCGAAAUUCGAGAGAAGAGAUUUCUCUAAUGAGGAGGAUAGGGAUGCAGAGCUGCUUGCUAUGGCUAAUGGUGAUGACAAUUUGCUUAAUGAUGUUCUUGUUGAUACAUCCUCUGUGUGAGUUUUGUAAGUUUGACAUUUUGUAGGCUUAUUUGGAUUCUUUUCUUUCAUUGCUAUUACCCUUUACUAGAUCAUUAAUAUUCAAUUUGUACUUGGUUCCUUUAGAAGUUGAGAAAGAGAUGACAUAUCAUCCAUAUGUGAUUUGAGUAUUUGUAUUCCUUUAGCCUAUAUAUAACCAUAAUUUUCCGGUUA